CUCUACUUUCUUGAGACAAACCCACUUACCCACCUACCAAUCGACUUUCAAAGAUGCUUAAGAAAACCAUUUUCAACACCAUUAACAAAAAUUCAUCUCUCCUUCAAAUAAGUAGACAUUUAUCCAGUGGCAAUUAUGUCAUUUUACCAAAACCACCCUCAAUCCACUCUUUCUGCUACCAUUCUCCCACCACCACCGCCGCCCGUACGAUCACAAACAUGAUGUCAUCUAGUCCCGAACAUGACGUCACCAUCAUCAAGGACGACCGUAUUUCUCGCAUUUCAUCUUCAAUUCGCGUCAUUCCUGACUUCCCUAAACCAGGGAUAAUGUUUCAGGACAUAACUACGAUGUUGCUUGAUCCUGUUGCAUUUAAGUCAACGAUUGAUUUGUUCGUUGAAAGAUACAAACACAAAAACAUCUCUGUUGUUGCUGGUGUUGAAGCAAGAGGGUUCAUAUUUGGUCCUCCAAUUGCAUUGGCUAUUGGUGCAAAGUUUGUUCCCAUGAGAAAACCCAACAAGUUACCCGGAGCUGUUAUAUCGGAAGAGUAUUCCUUGGAGUAUGGAACGGAUAUAAUGGAGAUGCAUGUUGGAGCUGUAGAGGCCGGAGAACGUGUACUUGUUAUAGAUGAUUUAAUUGCAACUGGCGGAACUUUGGCAGCUGCAAUUAAGCUACUUGAACGGGUUGGAGCGAAUGUAGUCGAGUGUGCUUGUGUCAUUGAAUUACCUGAUCUGAAGGGCCGGGACCGGUUAGGAGGCAAGCCAUUAUUUGUGCUCGUAAGCUCAACAUGAUCUUCCAUUCUUUCUCAGAAGCUUCAACUGAUAUUAGACUAAUGAUUCUGUGGAUGAUAUCCUUGGGUCGAGAGAAAUCCUUUUCACAGUUAAGUUUCCUAUCAAAGAAUUUCAUUAACCGAGUUUGUUACAUUCUGUUGAUGAUUAUAAACUGAGUUUACUAUUCUUAGGCUGUAAGUUAAAGGUUUUUCUUCCUUAGACAUUGAAGAGUUUAUUUACUGGUGUAAGAAAGUCUAUCGGGUAUGUUUGGUGGAUUUGGUUCAUUCUGAAUUGCAAAUUCGUUUUCAUGAUUAAAGAUCUCCAACAAUUGUUACAUCACUUUCUUUUUCUCAUCAAAUAAGGAAGUGAUGUAUCACCUUCCAUCUCCCUGUGUCAUCACCAGUACCACCGAGUCACCGACCAAUAUUCACCAUUGUUGGCCAUGUCCUUAGGUAACAAUCAGUUAGUUUUCUUACGUAUGUAUAUUGCUAUAACAGUGUUAUUCAUAAAACUUAAAUCUAUCAAUCACUCAACUCGUACCAUUUAAAUCCAUUUUGUAUUUGCUCCAUUGUUGAUGUUUAUAACUGAACACCUCAUUAUGGUUAAGUUUUUGAUAUAGCAUGUUUAUUAUUUGAUUUU